UUAAUUAUUUGCAAGCAGGAAAAGUUAUAAAAUUUAUAAUUUUCUUUUAAGAAAUGAGUGAAAUCAGACCAGCAGACCCUCAAGCGCCCGUAACCCGUAAAGGAUUUCUCAUAUCUAUAAAAACAGGUGACCCGACGGAAAUAAAGGAAAGAGAUGUGCACGGACGUUGUCGAGCAGUGACAGAAUUUGAAAAAUUGAAUCGCAUUGGUGAAGGCACAUAUGGCAUCGUUUAUCGCGCCAGAGACACACGUUCCAAUGAAAUAGUGGCUUUAAAAAAGGUGCGUAUGGAUCAGGAAAAAGACGGUUUACCUGUAAGUGGUUUAAGAGAAAUCACCAUUUUGAAGACAUGUAAACAUGAAAAUAUUGUCAAUUUAGUCGAUGUGGUGGUAGGCAAGAGUUUGGAAAGUAUUUUCUUAGUUAUGGAAUAUUGUGAACAAGAUUUAGCUUCUCUCUUGGAUAAUAUGUCUCAGCCAUUCUCAGAAUCGGAAGUAAAAUGCAUAAUUUUACAGGUUUUGCAAGGUCUUAAAUAUAUGCAUUCCCGUUACAUUAUACAUCGCGACUUGAAGGUAUCGAAUUUAUUAAUGACAGACAAGGGAUGUGUUAAAAUAGCUGAUUUUGGUUUGGCACGCUUAUUUGGCUUGCCAUCAGGUCCUAUGACUCCUCAGGUCGUUACAUUAUGGUAUCGUUCGCCAGAACUUUUAUUAGGCUCAACCACACAAACAACAGCCGUUGACAUGUGGGCGGUUGGUUGUAUAUUGGGUGAACUGCUCUCACAUAAACCUUUGCUACCCGGCAAUACCGAAAUAGCUCAACUUGAGCUGAUCAUCGACUUGUUGGGUACUCCCUCAGAAGCCAUUUGGCCAGAUUUAGCCAAAAUGCCGGCUUUACAAAAUUUCAGUUUAAAACAGCACCCUUACAACAAUUUAAAAGUGAAAUUCCAGUAUCUAUCGGCGGCAGGUUUGAGAUUGCUUAAUUUUAUGUUCAUGUAUGAUCCCAAGAAAAGAGCCACAGCUGAGGAGUGUUUACAUAGCAGUUAUUUCAAGGAACCACCAUUGCCAUGCGAUCCUAAAUUGAUGCCCACAUUUCCACAACAUCGUAACAUGCAGGGUAGCCAUAAUAAAUUGGCAGUUGGCAGUCAUCUUCAUAGUCAAUCUGUGCCUGAAUUACCCGCUAUAUCUGAUUUAUUAGGUAGUUUAUUGAAAAAAAGAAGAGCUGAAUAAAAAUAAUAAAAUAAGAAAUUAAUGAAA